UACCCUGCCUUCCUGCCCGAGCAGCUGCCGCCCGGCACACUCCAGUACCAAGAGCUGAUGCCGCCGGGGAGCUGCCUGCCUGAGGAGACCAAGCCCAAGAGGGGACGCCGGUCGUGGCCUAGGAAAAGGACUGCCACGCACACCUGCGACUACGCAGGCUGCGGCAAAACCUACACCAAGAGCUCUCAUCUCAAGGCACAUCUCAGAACCCACACAGGUGAGAAACCUUAUCACUGUGACUGGGAAGGCUGCGGAUGGAAGUUUGCCCGAUCCGAUGAACUUACUCGUCACUACAGAAAACACACAGGCCACCGCCCUUUCCAGUGCCAGCGGUGUGACAGAGCAUUUUCCAGGUCGGACCACCUCGCCUUACACAUGAAGAGGCACUUUUAAUUGGAAGCAAUGGAUCUUUCCCCAGCUGCCCUAGAGAUUCAGUAUUUACAGCACAAGGACUGUCUUCCGCAAGAUGGGGAGAACACCGUUUAAGCACUACAGAUAAUCAAGGUGAAGUCUUCCAAAGAGUGGAAAAGAGGGAUAAUUGCAUACAGACUUUGCAACUUUUUUUUUUAUAUAUAUGCAUUUAAAAGAAAAGAGAACCAAAAGCAUUGGGGUCAAUGACUGGAUCUUCUAUCAUUCCAUUUGUAAAUCCAACUUGAAUUAUUUCCGGACUACAAAAUGCCAAGGAGUGACUGGAAGUCACGGAUAUCAGGGUUAAACAGACUGUGUGUAGUUCGGAGGGUGGGGAUAUUACGGAGGGAAAAUACAUUCCCUUAAUUUUCUUUCAAUGCAAUAUUAGAUGUAAAUGUCAUCUUGUACUUUCCUUUUUUUUUCCUUCUAAAAGCCAUUAACGAUGUUAAAAGAG